AUGGAGAGAUUGUCUCACGUCUCCUUCGGGUUGUGUUCCUCUUGUGUCAGCACCAUUUCCCGAAAUAUGCAGUCUAUAUGUCUGAGACAGACGGGUGUAUAUUUUAGUACCAACACACAGUUACUGAAAAGUCCAGUGUCUCGAUCUCUGGACAUGUUACGUUUUGUGAGCGGGUUACAAUUGAAAUAUCCUGCUCGACAGAGGGUAGGCGAGUUGUCGAUGAACUUGAAAAACAGCGACCUGCUUGGUAUCCCGUUGUUGAAAUUGAACACUCCUGUCUUCUCAGCCCAGCUGUACAGCACCAGCACAUCCACACCCGACCCUCAGAAACCAUCACCGAAGACAGCCCGUCUGUCUGCAGAGAAACUGAUCUCAUGGAAGAGUGUGUUGUUGCUGGCAAGUGUAGGUGUUCUCAUCGUCCUGGCAGUGCAACUGUUGAAAGCUCAAAAGGAAUUGGAAAGGAAGAAGGCUAGGAGUCGCACACUCGGCAAAGCCAAACUUGGAGGGGACUGGACUCUGACAGAUCACAAUGGUAACAGGAGGUCCAGCACAGAUUUCCGUGGUCAGUGGCUGCUGAUCUAUUUUGGGUUCACCCACUGUCCCGAUGUGUGUCCAGAGGAGCUGGAGAAGAUUGUCAGUGUCAUCAAGAAGACAGAUGCUGAUGAGAAGUUGCCUAAGAUACAGCCAAUCAUUAUCUCAGUUGAUCCCGAGAGAGACACUCCUCAGGCUUUAAAGGAAUACUGUUCUGAGUUCUCUCCCCGCUUGCUGGGUUUCACUGGAAGUCCUGAAGAGGUUCAGCAGGCCACACAUGCAUAUCGAGUGUACUUUAGCGCUGGUCCAAAGGAUGAUGACAACGACUACAUU